AUGGGCCGAAACUUUUAUUAUAAUAAUGACACUGGCGAUAAUAAGUGCAGUAAAGGCUGUUCAAGCCCUCGAACCAAACUUAUGAUAUUGAUAAUCGUUUUCACACUUUCUGCAUUUGGAUUAGGAUUUACUGCUGGAUAUUUUGCUAAAAAAGACAAAGGUAUGCUAUGUCAUUCUCAAGUCACAAUUGAGAAUACAUCUGCUGAUCCAAUUAUCCCAGGCCGAACUACAACUUCUGCUUCAAUGACCACUGUUACACCUCUUGUGCCAAUUAAAAAUUGUCCGCCAGCAUUGCCGCCAUCCGCGACUUCGACGACUAUCUGGUCAGUUGAUGAUAAAGUCACUAUGACAACAUUUAAGAAGUACAACUUUGAAUAUUCUUCACCAAGAAGUAUUUCAAAUGCUAUGAUCAUUUUUGAAUUCAAUACCAAAUGGGGCUCGUGGUAUCUCGAUGAUGUGUCGGUCAAAGAACAAGGCGCGAGCAGUCAGGAAAUCAUCAUGAAUGGCGGUUUCGAGACGGGAGAUCUCGGUUUCCAAUGGGAGAUCUGCGACCCACGAUAUCCCUGGAUGGUAGAUGGCAAGGUCGUUGGCCAUACGUUUCAUUCCGGCAGUUACUCGUACGAGUCGCAAGAUCCUGGCGUUGGUUCACAAGAAUAUCUAACGCAAACAUUCAGCUUGAAAAGCAAUACAAAGUACUCGAUAGAAUUCUAUGUUUUCUACAGUGGUCAACCAACUUCAGCGUCGGCGAAAAUCGUUGCUUAUUGA